UGUUGUCUAUGUUGUGUUCUCUCCUUUCCAGAUGCAGCCAGGAGUAUCCCUUAUCUGAGGCACCUGGAUUCCUGCAUUUUCAUUGGUUGGUCUCACCCAGAUUAUUAUGGGUCCAGAUUGCUCGUUCUGGUCCGAGCAUACCCGCCCAAUUCCACUUCCGCACUUCAACAAUUACUCCCCGCCUCUCACAGCGUCACGACGUUCCACAUCAUCUGAGUUGACAAGAAAAGCAAACGAGUGAGAAGUAAAGCAUUAUGUCUGAACCAAGAUCGGUCGCUAUCGUGGGCGCUGGCAUUUUUGGCCUCUCUUUAGCCGUUGCUCUAAGCAAACGUGAGCACCGCGUGGUUGUCUUCGACAGAUACCGUUAUGACGAGACGCACUACGAGCCCGACUUGAAUGGAAAUACGCAGGCUGCGUCGGUAGAUCACAACAAGAUCUUUCGAGCUUCUUAUGGAAGUAAGCUCCAUUACCAACGUCUCGCGUUCGAAAGUCGCGCUGCAUGGGAGAUGAUCAACGAGAAAAGACACCAAGAGAAUGAUGAGCUCGAUCGAUCAGAUCUUUUCAGCGGGUGCGGCAUGCUCCGAGUUCAGCCCACCGCUGAACUCGAUCCACUUGAGCAUGAGACACUGAGCAACUUUGAACGAGACGGCCUCAGAGAUACUCAAUUCGUCAAAAGCGUUCAGACUGAUCGAGGUCGAGCGGCUGAGCGUGGAUGGGAGGGGAAGCUUCUGGAUUUCGAAAUCCCACAGGCAUCACCUGCUCAAACUUACGAAGCCGUUUUGGACUCAACUGCCGGGUUCACGAAAUGUAGUGAAGCCUGCGCUUAUUUUUACAAGUUGGCCCUCCGACAGGGCGUUGAGUUUCACUUUGGCCCCGAGAAGGGUGCCUUUGACAGUAUUGUUGAGGACAAUCAGUCGCCAUCACACCUCAAGAAGGCAGUCGGGAUCAAAACCAAAGACGGAAUCGUUCACAAAGCGGACGUCGUGGCCAUUGCCGCCGGAUCCUUCUCAACGCAGCUGUUGCCCGAUUUAUCUUACCACCUCGAGUCUUCUGCAGGAAGCGUAGUCACCUUCAAGGUGGACAAGAACGACGCGAAUCUGUGGAACAAGUACUCCCCUGAACGCUUCCCAGUCAUUACCUGGAGGAGUGCCCCGCGCAACCCGAGCGGCAAAGACACAGGCAGUGUUUAUGUCUUUCCUCGGACUGCCGAUGGUCUCAUCAAGAUCGGAUUCCGAGGCAUCAAGUUCACCAACUUCCAACAUGCGCCCUCGGAGGCGGGCUUCACUCAGGACGGCCAAUGGAGUGUCCCUCUCCCGCCUGCUAACUGUGGCAUAGUCCCAGACCCUGCAAGAGAGGCCAUCCGAAAGUUCGUCUCCAUCUUCCUUCCGGAGUUCGCCGAUAAGGACUUCAAUUCGACUAAGCUAUGCUGGUAUACCGACUCACUGGACAACUCAUUUGUCAUUGACCAUGUUCCUACUUAUUCUGAAGGAUCUGUCUUCGUUGCAACCGGGGGCAGUGGACAUGGGGCCAAGUUUCUUCCCGUUCUUGGCGAGCAUGCAGCCGACAUUUUAAUACAUGGGGACCAAAGUUCCUCAUUCAUGAGGCAGCACUGGUGCUGGAGAGACAAAACUCACAGGGGCAACGGCCUAGAGGAGGGGCCUGACGGACCGAGAAACAUUGGAGGAUCAAAGGAGGCUUAGUCACUUGAAGGGCAUGCGAAUCAAUGACAUUGUGCUUGGUCUCGCAAGUCCACCUCCCAAAUUGAUCACGGUCAACAUACAUUCUCGGAUUCUUCGGUCUUCAGGUCGCAUGCCGUAUUCGUACAUACUCUUGAGCUGUGUGGAACAUGCUCCACGAAGCGAGGAAUUAAGCCGCAUCCCUCGACCCUUUCUGAGCACGGUAGUGACAUCCCGUCAACACGAAACUCAUAAUUUCAACCUAUCAAAGACGACACCACUUCGGGCCGGUCGCCAAGAAUGCUUGUUGUCCGAGAGUCCAGAGUCUCAGAUCGGAAUUAUGACCUAAAAGAAUGAUAGCUUACGUCUUCCGAUGGAUGAACUUGCUGGUUGCAUGGAG